UGCUGCCUGCUGCCCUGCAUCUGUUGCAUGUAGGAUGUUAAGCGAUUCCCAUUUGCUCCCUCUCCUCUGAUUCCCUCUUUUCUCUCCUCUAAUUCAGACAGCUCUCGCCGGUGAGAAGAAGGAAAACCAAAAUAAAAUUUUCAUCUUUCAACUGAAUCAGGCAUUUUUCUUCGGUUGAGCUUUUGUUAGGCAUUUUUAGUGUUAAAUGUGAAGAAAGAGAUGGAGGAAAACCGCUCCUCUCCGCUUAUAGCAGAAGGAAGAUUAACCAGUAUUAAAUUUAGCUUAGCAUCUCAUCAGGAAAUCUGUACAUCAUCCAUAAGUGAUUGUCCUAUUAGUCAUCCUAGUCAGCUAACAAACCCUUUCCUUGGCCUGCCGUUGGAAACCGGUAAAUGUGAAUCUUGCGGGACAGCAGAACCAGGAGAGUGUGAUGGUCAUUUUGGGUACAUUCAGUUGCCCAUACCAGUAUAUCAUCCUUCUCAUUUGGGGGAGCUUAAACGGCUUCUAAGUAUCAUCUGCUUGAAAUGCCUGCGCAUGAAGAAGGGACAGCAGAUUAGGAAAAAUGGUGAAAAGGACAAAUCUUCUGCAUGCACACAUUGUCUGGAUAUGCCACCAAUAACUGUAAGAGAAAGUAAUGUAAAAGAUGGUUCAUUCUGCUUAGAACUGAAAGUGCCCAAGUCGAAAUUAAGAGAAAAUAUGUGGAAUUUCUUAGAGAGAUAUGGAUUCAUCUAUGGUUACGAAGAAUGUCGCACUUUGCUCCCUUGUGAGGUUCUGGAAAUUCUAAAAAGAAUUCCUGCGGAGACAAAAAAAAAGCUUGCCGCAAAAGGAUAUUUUCCUCAGGAUGGCUACAUUCUACAAAAAUUACCCGUGCCUCCGAAUUGUUUGUCUGUACCAGAUAUUUCAGAUGGAACUACUAUCAUGUCUUCAGAUGUUUCUGUGUCAAUGCUUAAGAAAGUUCUCAAGCAAGCCGAAAUCAUCAAAAGCUCGAGAUCUGGCCCUCCGAAUUUUGAGUCUCAUGAAGUGGAAGCCAACGAGUUGCAGUCAGCAAUUGCGCAGUAUCUUCAUGUGAGGGGUAGCACCAAGGGACCUCGUGGCAUCAAAUCAAAAUUCAGGGUCAAUAACGAGAGUGAUGAUACUUCGGCAAAAGCUUGGAUUGAAAAAAUGAAAACAUUAUUCAUAAGUAAGGGUUCUGGUUUUUCUUCUCGUAGUGUAAUCACAGGUGAUGCAUAUAAGAGGGUGGAUGAAAUUGGUCUACCAUCAGAGAUUGCCCAGAAGAUUACUUUUGAAGAAAAGGUUACUGUACAUAACAUGGAUCAUUUGCAAGAGCUUGUGGAUAAGAAGUUGUGCCUAACGUACAGAGAUGGUGGUUCAAUGUAUUCACUAAAGGAAGGAUCAAAGGGUCACACAUCGUUAAAAGUUGGUCAAGUUGUACAUCGAAGGAUUAUGGAUGGUGAUAUUGUCUUCAUUAAUAGGCCACCCAGUACUCACAAACAUUCUCUGCAAGCAUUUUCAGUGUAUAUCCAUGAUGAACAUACGGUUAAGAUCAACCCCCUUAUUUGUAGUCCCCUUGGUGCUGAUUUUGAUGGUGACUGCAUUCACUUAUUCUAUCCGCAGUCUCUUGCAGCAAAAGCAGAGGUUCUUGAGCUUUUCUCAGUGGAACAGCAACUGCUUAGUUCACACAGUGGAAAACUGAACUUACAGUUGGCAAAUGACGCGUUAUUGUCGCUAAAGAUUAUGUUCAAGAAAUAUUUCUUAAAAAAAGCAACGGCCCAACAGCUAGCCAUGUAUGUCUCAAGUGGUUUGCAGUUUCCUGCUUUAUUGAAGGCUUGUGGUCCUGUCCCACAAUGGACAGCUUUACAGAUUCUGCAGAAUGCUUUACCUGCAGAUUUUGAUUGCUCAGGGGAGAGAUAUGUUAUUCGUCAAAGUGAGAUAGUGAAGUUUGAUUACAAUAGGGAUGUGGUGCAGUCCAUAUUCAAUGAUAUCAUCAAUGCUGUCUUCUUGAAAAAGGGCUCCCAAGAUGCGUUGAGGGUUUUUAAUUCCUUGCAGCCAUUGUUGAUGGAAAACGUAUUUUCAGAAGGUUAUAGUGUAAGCCUGGAAGAUUUUUGCAUUCCCAAGUCAAUUACUCGUGAGCUCCGAAAGAAUGUUCAAAAGAUAUCACCGCUGCUCUAUCACUUGAGGUCUACGUACAAUGAAGUGGUUGAGUUGCAAGUGGAGAACCACUUGAGAGGCGUAAAAGUGCCAGUUGUAAAUUUUAUUCUGAAGUCAUCUACUUUGGGUAAUCUGAUAGAUUCAAAAAGUGAGUCAUCCAUUAAUAAGGUAGUUCAACAACUAGGCUUCUUAGGGCUUCAGCUUUUUGACAGGGGAAGGAUUUAUACAAGAACUUUGGUUGAAGAUAUGACUACAUUUUUCCAAAAAAAGUUUGCUGUUAGUGGGAUUGACUGUCCGUCAGAGGCAUUUGGGCUGAUCAGGAGCUGUUUCUUUCAUGGCUUGAAUCCCUACGAGAAACUGGUGGAUUCAAUUUCUUCUAGAGAAGUGCUAGUACGUUCAUCUAGAGGAUUAACUGAACCUGGAACUCUCUUCAAAAAUUUGAUGGCAAUUCUUCGAGAUGUUGUAAUUUGCUAUGAUGGCACAGUUAGAAAUGCCUGUAGCAAUUCGGUUAUCCAGUUCGAUUAUAUAGUGGAAACUGGAACCGAGGGCAGGAGUUUCUCUCCUGCUGGGGAACCAGUUGGUGUUUUGGCCGCAACAGCUAUUUCCAAUCCCGCAUACAAAGCCGUUCUUGAUUCUUCAGCAAGUAGCAAUUCAUCUUGGGAGCUGAUGAAGGAAAUAGUACUUUGCAAAGUUAAUAUGAAGAAUGAUCUCAAUGAUCGUCGUGCAAUUUUGUACUUGAACGAUUGUAGUUGCGGAAAAAAGUAUUGCAAAGAAAAUGCAGCAUAUUCAGUUCAGAAUCAUUUGAAAAGAAGGAAUCUGAAGGCUAUAGCAAACAGCUUUCUGGUUGAAUACAGAAAGCAGCAAGGUUCUAUUGAGAAUCCAGAUACAAAUGCCUGUCUUGUUGGUCAUAUUCACCUUGACGAGGCGGAAAUGAAAUAUGUGGGCCGAAAUGUACAUCAAAUUCUCCAAAGGUGUCAAGAAAAACUUGGUUCUAUUAAAAAGAAGAAAGAUCGUCUUGGUCGUAUUCUUAGGGCCCUUACAUUGUCUGCCAGUGAAUGUUGUUAUUUUUCACCCCCUGAUGCGGAAAGCUCCCAGGUUCCAUGCUUGCAGUUCUCGUGGCAAGAUACAAGCGCUUGUACUUUAGAACAAACUUCACAGCUAAUGGCCAACUCAAUCUGCUCAAUUCUGUUAGAGACCAUAGUUAAAGGUGAUCCUCGAGUAAACAUGGCCAACAUUGUAUGGGUUAAUCCAGAUACAACAUCUUGGGUAAGAAGACCUAGUAAGAUUCAAAAGGGUGAGCUGGCAGUGGAAGUAGUUCUCGAAAAGGAGGUUGUCAAACAACAUGGUGAUACUUGGAGGACGGUCAUGGAUUCUUGCCUUCCAAUAAUACAUUUGAUCGACACACGGCGAUCUAUUCCAUAUGGCAUCAAACAACUACAGGAAAUGAUUGGCAUUUCUUGUGCUUUUGAUCAAGCGGUUGAGCGACUCACAACAUCAAUUAGGAUGGUUGCGAAAGGUGUGCUGAAGGAGCACCUCAUACUUGUGGCAAAUAGCAUGACCUGCACAGGAAAUCUGAUCGGUUUCAACACUGGUGGUUAUAAAGCAUUAUUCCGCUCACUAAAUGUCCAAAUACCAUUUACAGAAGCUACACUCUUUACACCAAGGAAAUGCUUUGAGAAAGCUGCUGAAAAGUGUCAUCUAGAUUCUUUGUCAAGCACAGUUGCUUCAUGUUCCUUCGGUAAGCGUGUUGCAGUUGGUACAGGAGCCCGUUUUGAAAUUUUGUGGAACAAGAAAGAGAUGGGACUGGAUCAAAAUGCAGUGGAUAUUUACAACUUUCUCCAGAUAGUAAGGACAGGUACAAAAGAAGGGGAAGUAAUAUCUGGAUGUUUAGGUGAAGAAGUUGAUGAUAUGGAACUGGAAAAUGACUACGUUGAACUGCCCCUGUCCCCUGAGCACCCUGAUGGAGGCAAGGCCACCUUUGAUGACAUAGCCGAAUUCGAACCAAACUUACAGCCUAGCCAAAUAUCAGAAGGAAAUUGGGGAAACAAUUCCUCACAAACUGGUGAAUCGGGCGGCUGGGGAGAGUGGAAAGUUGACAAAACUUCGGGUUCAGAGAAUCCUGGUGCAGCAUCAAAUUCAGAUGCUUGGGCUGGCUGGGGUAGUAGCGAUAAAAUUCAGUCAGACAACCAUUCUCCCAAAGAAAUUGAUAAUUCUUCUGCACCUGGUGGUUGGAAUACCAAAACUCAGGCUUCACAAAACGAUCCUAAGGAUUCCUGGGGAGGGCAGGCGGAGAAGGCCAAUUCAACAGGUGGUUGGAAUACGAAGAAGCAGCCUUCACAAGAUGAUCCAAAUUCUUCGGCACCUGGUGGUUGGAAUACCAAAAGUCAGGCUUCACAAAACGAUUCCUGGGGAGGACAGGCGGAGAAGUCCAAUUCAACAGGUGGUUGGAAUACCAAGAAGCAGCCUUCACAAGAUGAUCCAAAUUCUUCGGCACCUGGUGGUUGGAAUACCAAAAGUCAUCCUUCACAGAACGAUCCUAACGAUUCCUGGGGAGGACAGGCGGAGAAGGCCAAUUCAACAGGUGGUUGGAAUACCAAGAAGCAGCCUUCACAAGAUGAUCCAAAUGAUUCUUGCGGAGGGCAGGUGGAGAAGGCCAAUACAACUGGUGGUUGGAAUACCCAGAUGCAGCCAUCGCAGAACGAACCUCGUAAUUCUUGGGGAGAGCAGGCAGAAAAAGCCAACACCACUGAUGGUUGGGAUACCAAGACCCAGCCAUCCCAGAAUGAACCUCGUGAUUCUUGGGGAGGAGUUGUGGAUAAAACCAACACCACUGGUGGUUGGAAUACCAAGACGCAAUCAUCCCAGAAUGAACCUCGUGAUUCUUGGGGAGAGCAGGCGGAAAAGGCCAACACAACUGCUGGUUGGAAUACCAAGAUGCAGCCAUCCCAGGCUAAACCUGACGAUUCUUGGGGAGGACUUGUGGAAAAAACCAACACAACUGGUGGUUGGAAUACCAAGACGCCUGCAUCCCAGGCUGAAGCUCGUGAUUCUUGGGGAGGAGUUGUGGAAAAAACCAAUACAACCGGUGGUUGGAAUACCCAAAAGCAGCCGCAGGAUGAUCCCAGUGAUUCUUGGGGAGGACAUGUGGAGAAGGCCAAUACAACAGGCCAGAAUGGUAAGGAAGAGAAUGGUCAGUGGAACCAAUGGAGCGAGCCACCUAAAACUGAGACCACUAACAACAAAUCAGCAGGUACAUGGGGGACAAGUAUGGCUGGUGAACACGUAAAUCAAUCAGCGGACUCUCAAGUUGCGGGUUCUUCGUCUGUUGGAGAUCAGGCGGAAAAAGAAGUCCAAUGGAGCCAACGCAAAGAACCGCCUGCUAAGCCAUUUGCAUGGAAUACUAAUAAGAGUUCUCGUGGUUGGGGUUCCUCAAACACUGGGGACUGGAAAAACAAAGGUCGCCCUAACAAUCCCCAAGGAACGCCAGAUGAUCAAAGUGGGUGGAAUUCAAGUGGACUGUACACUGCAACCAGACAACGGCUGGAUCGUUUUACAUCUGAGGAGCAAAGUGCUCUUUCAGAGGUUGACACCAUUAUACUGGCAAUAAGGAAAAUAAUGCAGCAAUCAAGGGACAAGGACGGUGAACCGUUGUCAGCGGAGGAUCAAGCUUAUGUGCUUGAAAACGUGUUCAAGUAUCACCCAGAUAAAGAUGUCAAAAUGGGUUGUGGCAUUGAUCAUGUGAUGGUUAGUACACACAGCAGUUUCAAGGAUACAAGAUGCUUCUAUGUUGUUUCAACGGAUGGACGCAAAGAAGAUUUCUCGUACCGCAAGUGUUUGGAGAAUUUCGUUAAGGAAAAGCAUGCUGCAGUAGCCGAGUCUUUCAAUGAGAAGUAUUUCAAAAAACCUCAACCUCGAGAUGGAGGAGCUAAUAGAAAUCGAACGGACGUUGGUACACCCAAGGCCGACACACCCAACAACUGAAAAGAGAAGAACCAACUUCAUGUGGUUCUAUAGCAAUCCAAAGUUAGUAUGAAGAAAGCAGAUGAAGUUUUACCUGUACAUAUUUAUUCCCUCUUUCCGCAUCUGAUGUCCAUUUUGAAAAAACUGGAUGCGGCCGGCCAGCUAUGUUUUCUUCUUCCGUUCUAGGGAAGUUUUGAUAUGUACUUUGUACAUAUAAGUACUGUCCUUAACCGUAUCUGACUUGUAAAGCCUGGCUCUGUUUAGCUUGAGCAGUUGAACAUCUAGGAUGUAGGUUUCUGUGGGUGUCUUGCUUGAACCGCUGUUUUAUGACAAAGGAGAAGAGUUUAGAAAUUUACCAUGUCGAAAGUGCAA